AUGUCGUCUAGUGAAGAAGACAGAUUUUUGAAAGGACCAAAAAAGAAGCCUUAUUUACCCAAGUACAGGAAAGAUUGGGAAAGAGAUCAAAACUUUAAGAAUUGGUUAACGAAUAGUAAAAAAGGUCUACAUUACUUUCACUGUAAUUUUUGUUUUGAUGACUACUUGGGAGGGCUCUCUGCUGUAAGAAAACACUCACUAUCAACUAAACACAAACAAAAUGCUGCCUCAGUUAGUACACGAAUCGAUAAACUUCCCCAGGUCCUUAAUUUAAAAGAUAACCAAAGUAAGACUAAAGAAGCGGAACUUCGAAUUUCGAUGUUUAUAACUGAACAUAAUAUACCCUUUAGAACAGCAGAUCAUCUCGUGGCAUUAAUCAAAAGUAUUUCUCCUGAAUCGGAAGUAGUUCAAAACAUUAAAUGUAAUAGAACUAAAUCUACAAUGAUAGUCAAUAAUGUUAUUGGUAAAUACGCAUUUGAGAAUCUUGUGUCAAGAAUGAAAACCAAUUAUUUUUCGAUUCUGAUAGAUGAAUCAACAGACAAAUCUUCAGUGAAACAUCUAGCAAUUAUUGUCAGGCUGAUGGCAAAGGAUCAAUUUUCAGUCAAAGAUGAAUUUGGAGCUUUGCAACAAAUAUGCAAUGCAACAGCUCAAGGGGUCUUUGAAGCAAUCCUGAAUUUUUUUAAUAACAAUAAUAUACCAUACAAAAAAAAUUUAAUUGGAUUUGCAUCUGAUGGGGCGAAUGUCAUGUUUGGAUCAAAACAUUCUGUAAAGACCCUUUUGGAACAAGAAGUACCAGGAAUAUUUAUGAUGAAGUGCGUUUGCCAUUCAUUGGCAUUAUGUGCAUCGUAUGCUGCGGAAAAGUUGCCCAAUACUGUUGAAGAUAUGGUAAGAGAUAUUUAUACAUAUAUGAAAUAUAGUUUCAAAAGACAAAGUGAAUAUAAAGAAUUUCAAGUAUUUGUUGACACCAAACCUCACAAAUUAUUGCAAAUGUGCCAAACACGUUGGUUAUCAUUACAUUCGUGUGUUAAGCGAAUUUUAGAGCAAUAUGACGCUUUAAAGCUAUAUUUCCAAAGUGAAAACCUUAUUGAUAAUAAAGCGGCACAUAUUUUUAAGAGUAUUUCUAAUCCAUUUACCAAAUUAUAUUUAUAUUUUUUGGAUUUUGUACUACCUAUUCUCACAAAUUUAAAUAUCGCAUUUCAAGCGGAAAAUCCACAAAUACAUAAUAUUUACUCUAAAGUUGCGACGGCUUACAAAACUCUACUUGAAUGCUAUGUCAAACCUAAUUAUUUGAAUUCCACUGAUUUACCUCAAGUACAGUAUAGAAACCCAGCAUAUUAUUUAGCAACAGAAGAUAUAUACUUGGAAGGUAAAUGUACAGCAGUUUUAUCAGUAGAAAAUAAUUUUUCUAAAACUGACAUUACUCAAUUUGUUGAAAAGUGUCUUUGUUUUUAUAUUGAAUGCUGUCAUCAACUGUAUAAACGAUUUCCUUUGAAUUCUAAGCAUAUGAAUACAUUAAAAUUAAUGUCUUUCUUGGAUCCAAAAAAUAUUAAAAAUACCCGGACCAUUGCACCUGCUGCUGUACAAUUUGAACAUAAAUUAAAUUUAGAUCUUAAUAACUUAGAUGUUGAAUGGAGACAGUUAAAAAAUCAAUAUGAUUUAGAUUUUACUUUAGAUUUGUUAAAAUUUUGGAAAACAGUAAGUGAAUUAAAAACUAAUGAUGGCAAUGAAGUUUACCCUUUGAUAAACAAAUUAGUUACGUAUAUGCUAAUUUUACCACACAGCAGUGCGUGUGUAGAACGUUUAUUCAGCUCAAUCAAUUUGAAUAAAACUAAAUUAAGAAACCAACUAUCCACCGAAACGUUAACAGGAAUAUUAUAUUCAAAAAGUUUGACUAAUAGUGGGAACUCCUGUUACAACUUUGAUAUCACUAAAGAAAUGAUUUUAAAGCACAAUAAUGAUAUGUAUGUAUAA